AUGCUGCCCUUCCGAGGAAUGCCUUCUGGGCCAGAAGCCCAACCAACAACACCAAACAAACCUUCUUUAAGAAUCCUCGACGAUGGCCCAGCUACCCGCGAGGAGGAUUUGGCCCACGGCCCGCUUCUUCGUGGUCUCGGCGUACAUGUUCAUGAUGCGAGUGGUCAGUUUCACAUCGACCCAGACUUGGACUUGGAGCACUCAGCCCAAGCCGCGACUCCUGUUCUGGGCUUAGAUAUGCCGAAUUUCCCCUUCAGCGCCCCCCCUAUCUUGCCGACCGAGACUAUGACGUUGUCUGAAGUGUCCACGGGAAGGACAUUUUCGUCGAUGACUGAGACCACUUCAUCGAUAGCACUCCGGAGACAGCAAUGCCUGCAAGAUCUCGAAACUCUGCACCGGCAUGAAGUCAGCAGGUUACACUCAGAAGCGCCUUUUCCCGAUGAGAUCGAGCUUGGUGGUACUAGCAAUCGUCCCACGGAUCCCGGAGCUCGAGUGGAAUACCCGCCACUAUGUCCAUGGACAUUUGAGUUUUCCUGGGAAGAUGGCCAUCUGCUUUUCUCUGGAGAGCCAUUCACUGUCGAGAAGGAGGUUCACUCCUGGAGCCAGGUCGAGAUCGCCGGUUCGGAGAAAGCAUCCACGGCAUCUGGCUCAACAUUCAGAGCCUAUGGCGCCAACUUGGGUGCCUAUGGCUCAACAUUCGGUGCCUAUGGCGCCGACUUGGAUGCCUAUGGCGCCGACUUGGACUAUGAUGCCGACUUAGAGCUCAGUGGAAAAGUCUCGGGUGUGUCACACGAGACGCUGGAGCGGGUCAUCGACCUGCUGGACGACCAUUACUGGAGGACUUACAGGCCUCAGCUGUCGGACAAGCGAAACUCGAGCCCAAGGACAGGAGGUCAAAAGUCGAAAGAGGCCCGCAGCUCUCCAUACCCCAAGAGGACAACGAGCCGGCACUCGACCAAAGCAGCACCAUCACGGCGCGGCAAGGUCUCACACGGCCCUGGAGACGGCGAAGAUGAGGAUGGCCACGAUGGAGAAAAACUCCCAUCAUCAGCAAUGGCCCGAGCGAACCGCCGCCACUUCGCUUGCCCCUUUAUGAAGUGGCGGCCAUGCCAAUUUCAGGAAGAUUGCCUGGCGAAGAAGUUCCUGAAAAUCUCGUACGUGAAGUGCCACCUGGUGGAAAAACACUACCCCUGGUACUGCACAACCUGUUUCACCGUGUACGAUGACGAAGUCCUGCUUGCCGCGCACAAAAGGCUCUGUUGCGUCCAGCGCCAUGUUGAGGAUACGCCCUUCAUGACCCACGAGAAAUAUGAGGCCAUCAAUAAGCGAGCCGACAGCAACAAGUCUCACGAAGAGCAAUGGCAAUACAUCUUCGGGGUGCUCUUCCCGAACGAGCUGCGGUGUCCCAGCCCCUAUCUAGACGACAUUUUGGUCGAGAUGACGGAGCAUUUGGAACGAUAUUUUGAAGGACCUGGUCGUCAACUUCUAGAAGUGCUCUCGAUAGAAAGGGCGACCGAGUACCCAGGCUCCCGUGAAGACAUAAUGGCCGCCUACGAUUUCAUACGCGAGGUGUGGCUUCCCCGAGUCUUGGCACAACUAUCAGAACUCGGCGGUUCCGGCCCCUCGUUCCACCAACCAAACCUCAGCGGGAGCUCCUCAGCUGACUCCGCCAUCCAGAGUCCCGGCAUCCAGGCGGGCAGCAUUCAGCAAGACGUUGGCUUCAUGGAAAGUGCCCCAGGAUAUCUCACCCAGAGCAACACAUACGCUCCAUCAUUGCCGAUGCCAGACUCGCAUGUGGAUUUUGGGUUGGAUUUCGAACAGGCACCAUAUGGAGGCCAGCCCGACAGUGCAGCGCAGCCAUAUGUCAAUGGAAGUUUGGACUGGGCGGUCAACCCUCAGGGUCCGUCUGUCGACGGUCGUCAUGACAGUGGUUGGGAUCCCACUGUCGGCUUUCAUGGCUUCCCAUGGAGCAAGGGACUUUGGUAUAAGUUUUAUGUUCUACACUAG